UAAACCUUUCUAUUAUUUCAAACAUUUUUUCCUUAACUUUCUGUUUUCACAUUUAUAUAUUGCUGUACAAUGAGAAAAUACAUGGAGAAAACAAUCAGAGCUCAAAUAUGUGUCAAUGACUUAAAAACUGUUAUUUUACUAAAAAUAACUCAGAGCUAAUCACAACCUGAAUAAACUGAACUCUACCAAAUCAAGUCCUCUUCUGUUCCAAAGCCAGUAGCUUGGAAGUUAGAACCUUUAAAGCAUUAUAAACAUCUCACAAUUUCUACAGGUUUCCAUCUGAGCCAGCUGCACAAAAGAACCCGGAAUUCUCAUCAACGUUUUGAACUCUGAUUUCUUGAUAAUGGCGUGUCAUGGAUUUCUGGGGAAACCGACGCCGAAAUCAUUUGGGCGUCAUCAUAAACAUGCAAGGAAAAACCGGAAUCAUCAAUCCAGAUGUUUGGCUGCAGCCGUUGCAGCAGCUGGCUCCAUCUUCACAUCCCUCAACAUGUCUAUCUUCACAUUCCACAACCGCCUCUUGCGUUGCGUCUCCAGGUUUUUGCGUCUCGCCACCACAUCUAGCGCAACUCCUACCCGUCGACCCACCAUGAAACAAGGCUACAAAAAACUCCAUAAACGCGAGCCUCUGAUAAGACGUAAUGACAAGAAAAGGACAAUCUUUCUUGAUCUUGACGAAACAUUGGUACAUUCAACGAUGGAACCACCAAUCCGGGUUAAUGUAGAUUUCAUGGUGAGGAUAAAGAUCGAAGGAGCCGUUAUACCAAUGUUUGUGGUAAAACGACCAGGAGUUACUGAGUUUCUUGAAAGGAUCAGUAAGAACUAUCGAGUGGCAAUCUUCACAGCCGGGUUACCGGAAUAUGCUUCACAGGUUUUGGAUAAACUUGACAAGAAUCGUGUGAUCUCACAGCGGCUAUAUCGAGAUUCAUGCACAGAAGUGAAUGGAAGAUAUGCCAAAGACUUAUCUUUGGUGGCGAAGAAUGACCUCGGGAGUGUUUUGCUAGUUGACGAUAACCCUUUCUCCUACUCGUUGCAGCCAGACAAUGGAGUUCCCAUUAAGCCAUUUAUGGAUGACAUGGAAGAUCAAGAACUAAUGAAGCUUGCAGAAUUCUUCGAUGGAUGUUAUCAGUACGAAGAUCUAAGGGAUGCAGCAGCAGAACUUCUAUCCAGCAAGCUGAUUUGAUGCACAUAUAUAUGGAAUUUGUUUGCAGAACCUGUUUUCAAUCUUUUGGGAUUCUUUCUAUCUUUCUCUUGAUCUUCUUUGGGGAGGGAUGGUACAGAGUGACGGUAUUUUUGUGUUGAAAAAGGAUGCUCCUUAUCCUUCUUCAGCGUUUUUACCUAC